UCCGGCCUAUAUACCUAGUAUACGUUUAUUCGCGAAGAAUCACCACCAUACCGCCGUCGUGGUAUCGCGUGCACGCAGCUCCGUCUCUCUCUCUCUCUCUCUCUCUUUCUCACACACACACAUACACUCUCCUAUCCUCUUCUUCUUUGUUUUAUCUCCUUCUCCUUCUUCUGCGUCAAACUACGAUCGGUAUAAACAAUGGCUAGGUAUUCGUAUUAACAAUAGGACCUGAGCUUUUGGAAGUGCUAGUCGUUAUCCUGGCAGCUCCCACACUAGAAGGUCGCGCUCUAGCCGAUUUUCAGAUACUAUUACUGUACCGGGUGUUUUUCCCUGUUCUCUUCUAAAACUAACUCAAUAUCGAAAGGGAUUGUUGCAUGUCUGUUACGAUAAUAAGGACUUAGAGGCCGUAUAACAGUUCACGUUUUGACGAGCGAUCGACAACUGCACACAACUAAAAAUAUAACUAUAUCAACUAACUAAUAAAGCAGAGUGAUACGAAACGGGAAGUACAAUAACUGUGUGCGACGGACAAUAAAAACACGUUACUACCUGAUACAUAACUACCUACUUAAUUAAUAAGUAAAUCGUUUAAAUAUAUUGGAAAUGUGGGCGGAAUAGAAAGAAUAUUUAUUGGAAAGUGUUUUUUUUUGGGUGAAAAAUGAUUUCCCGCCGAUCGUCUGUUUCUGCCUCUAGAUAUUCCAACGGAAAGAUUUCCUCGCUUGUAGAACACAAUGAAAGUAGUAAUGUAGGAGGCAUUUUACGACCGAUGGCGAUUGCCAGGGUUGGCCAGGCUGUGAAUGUUGCUGUUGAACGUUUCGUCACUGUUGGGGAAACCAUCGCGGACGAUUAUGCGGAAGUGCGACAGGGAAUGUUUGAAGCUUGUAAGGAGGCCCGACAAGCCGGAAGUGCAAUAGAAAGGAUUUGCGGAGAGGCGGAAGUUGAGAUUCUAUCCGACAGGACAGUAUUAGUACGUGCCGCUAGAUGUCUACUCGGAGCGGUGACUCGAGUUCUUCUUUUAGCAGACAUAGUCGUAGUCAAGCAAUUGCUAUUAGCAAAAGACAAGGUCCAGCGGAGUCUGGGACGACUGGAGUCAGUGAACAACUUUACGGAGUUCGUGAAAGCUUUCAGUCAGUUCGGUGCUGAAAUGGUGGAAUUGGCGCACUUGACCGGCGACAGGCAGAACGACCUGAAGGAUGAAAGGCGGCGAGCUCAAAUGGCAGCCGCUAGACAGGUCCUCGAACGUUCCACGAUGAUGCUUUUGACUUCGAGCAAGACGUGCCUGCGACAUCCUGAAAGCACGACAGCCAGAGAAAACAGGGACACCGUGUUCUGUCAGAUGCGGAGGGCCAUGGAUCUGAUACAUUACGUGGUCAAAGACGGUGUUCUCAACUGCGUCGAGCCCUAUUCUCAAACUGAUAAUUGUGAAGACUUCGAAGCCGAACGUUCGUCUUUGUGUUCGUAUAUGAAGCGAUUGCAGAGCCUGCUUGAGCUUUGUAGAGUUACCUUAGAUCCUUCUUAUCAAGAUUCUAUACCGGCUGCCUUGGAUGCUAUUUUAGAGCGAACUCAGGAUUUUACAGAUAGUGCCUAUACAAGUCACGAGCAUCGUCAAGCUAUUUUAGAUGGAAUAGACAGGCUGCGGAGCGAGCUCGAUCACUUGCUCGGCUUGUACGCGAACUUGAUGGCAAUCGAGGGCGCAACAAGUUGUCCUGAGCUUGAUUCUUGCGUGUUGGCAACUUUGGCGGAGGCCAAGGACUUGUCUAGAGAAUUGCUCCAGGCUGCCUUACAGCAAGCUCAGGAACUCAGCGCAACCACGAAACAAAGUCAGGAACUUAUUUCAGCCAUUCGACAGCACGCAACUAUUCCAGAUUCCGAUAGACUUCAUCAUACCUCUUGUGCCUUUCAAGAUUCAUUAGAUCACAUAUUAGAGGUAUGUAAGUUACUUAGACACGUAGCAAUGUCGGAGACGCUACAGGUGACCGCUAAAUUUGCCGAAAUUAAUUUACGAGUAUACGGACCUCAGGUAAUUACCGCUGCGAAAACGGUGGCUGCAAAUCCAAAUAGUAAAAUAGCCCAGGAAAAUUUAGAAGUCUUCGCGGACAUGUUUCAGUGGCUUGUUUCGGACGUUUCGGCCGUCGUCAAGGAAGUGCUAGAAUCUGGACAGUGCCGACCUGAAAAACAAACUUACAUGUCGCUGCCUAGACCAGGGAAACAUGGCACAACAUCAAAACCUCUUAAAGCGGUUCGUUUGGACACUGAGGAACAAGAAAAGAUAGCAAAAUCUGGUUUAGAAAUGAAACUAAUGAGUAGUGAAAUGGACGCAGAAACGGAGAAAUGGCAAGAAAGCAACACGCAAAUGGAGGAAAAUAAUGACAUAGUAAAAAGGGCGAAAAACAUGUCUGCGAUGGCCCUGUCCAUGUACCAGUUCACGAAAGGCGAAGGGACGCUAAAGACAACACAAGAUUUGUUUACACAGGCGGAGUACUUUGCUGAAGAAGCGAACAGGUUGUACAAAGUGAUAAGGCAGUUCAGCUAUCAGGUUCCUGGAGGUGCAAAUAAAAAAGAGCUCUUAGAGCAUUUAGAUAAGGUGCCGACGUUCGUACAAAGACUGCAAUUCACUGUUAAGGACCACACUGUCGGUAAAGCAGCGACCUUCACCAAAGUCGAUAACGUGAUACAGGAAACGAAGAAUCUUAUGAACGUCAUAUCAAAGGUUGUCACAACCUGUUUUGAAUGCGCCACCAAGUACCAGUUGUCAAUGCCGCAAAGGGUGAAAUUUCCAUGCGUGUCAUUAGACGGAAAACAUUUACCGUUUCAACUAAGCCCUCAAGCUUUAAACAGAUUAUGCAUUUUUGGUGAAUACGCAACAUUACCCAGAUAACAACGA